CUCUCUCUCCCCUCUCUCUCUCUCUCCCUCUCUCCCUGACAUUGACACACAGGGCGCCUUAGGACCGGGUGACGCAAACCAGCAGGCAGUCAGAGUGGAUUGUGUGGUCCCUGUACUGGGGCUCCAGAAGCCACAGCCACCUCACUGAAUGGACAGAUACAGCAACAGGACGCACCUUGAGAGCUGUGGAUCUGUUUGAUGCUGUUUGAAACAGAGGAUUGCACUUGAUCAAGACACUCAUUUAGCUUUUAUUCAGUCAGGACAUGUUGAGAGACAUUAUUGUCUUAGUGAGAGAGCAGGACUGCAGCAGACCUCUGAGAGCGGGAAACAUAUCCCUACCGGACAGAGCAGACGGCGGCCAUUUUAAGGGACGCUAAAACAGACUUACACCUGGGUCAAGUGCCAUUCCAAUCAAAGUGGUCCAAGUCUUCUUGAACCCUGGGAGGAGAUUCUGAAGAGUGACUUUGAUUUCUGGGCUAUAUUGUCAAUGUGGAAGAGAGGAAGUGUCACUCUAGAAUCACUGAUUGAUAUGCGGUAGAGACGACCGUGUGACACAAUCUACAAGAGACUUCUACUACGGACCCCAUUUGUUUUGCCCAUCAGAGUGAGAAGAAGGGACUGAGACAGACGCAGGAAGCCAACAUGGACAUAUUCGGUGGUGCCCCCCGUGUACUGGGCUACUCGCGCCCCGUGGCGGCACAGUGUGGCACGGACGCCGUCCUGCAAUGCAAGAUCGGCGGCGACCCUCGUCCCGAGGUGGUCUGGGAGAAGAAGAAUGUACAGAUCCUGUCAGAGGGACGCUACAGGCUGUCGGAGGAGGGCCGGGCCUACUUCCUACACAUCACUGGGGUCAGGCUGGAGGACGCAGGCCAGUAUAUCUGCAAGGCCAGUAACAUCGUGGGUGAGACGUGUGCCCCUGCCACACUGAAGGUGGAGGGGAAGAGUCAGGAGCGGGAAGGGGUACAGAAACAGACAGAGGUCAAUGGGGUGCAGCAAACCAGGCUGGAGAAUGGAGAGUUAGGGGGGCAACGGAAUGGGGAGUUGAGAAGGCAACAGAGCAGCGAGUUGGAGGGGCAACAGAACCAGAAUGGGGAAUAUAGACAGCAAGAGAACUUGGAAUAUGGAGGGCAACAGAAUGGAGAGAUAGAACAGAGGAAUGGAGAGGUAGACCAACAGAGCAGAAAGGUAGACCAACAGAGGGGAGCUGUAGACCAACAGAGGGGAGCGGUAGACCAACAGAGCGGAGCGGUAGACCAACAGAGCGGAGCGGUAGACCAACAGAGUGGAGCGGUAGACCGACAGAGCGGAGCGGUAGACCAACAGAGCGGAGCGGUAGACCAACAGAGUGGAGCUGUAGAGAAGGAAAAUGGAGAGGAGAGUGAGCUGGAGAAAAAGAAGCAGCGCUAUGAAGGGGAGCCCCUGCUGUCAGACGACAGACCUCACUUCCUCAUCAAGCCCCUCUCCCUGAGGGUGGACCGGGGCGAGGACGCAGCCUUCUCCUGUAAGCUGUCGGGCAACCCUCUGCCCCAGGUGGUGUGGGAGAAGGACGGGAAGAAGCUGAGCGACAUCUUCGAGAGCGCCCACUUCAACGUCAGCAGCCAGGACGGAGGCUGGUUCCAGCUGAAGAUCUUCCGGACGAGGAUGCCCGACGGGGGUGUCUACACCUGCAGAGCCCAUAACAAUCAAGGAGGGGCGCUGGCGGGCGCAGUGCUGCUUGUGGAGCUCGUCCCGGAACGGCAGGAGAGCGGGGCGUCCACGUCAAAUGGGCACAGCAACGGGCAGACAUCACCUCGUGGUAUGAGGCACAGGAUGGGAAGACACGGUUUGUCGAGACAGCCGGACGAGCCCAAUCUGAAUUCUGCCAAUGUGAAGAAAUUUGCGGUGUCGGAGGGGAAACAUGCUAAGUUCCGCUGCUUCGUGACAGGGAAACCUAAGCCUGAGAUCAUCUGGAAGAAGGACGGAGUGCCCCAAGAGGCUGGGAGGCGUCACCUUCUGUUUGAGGACAGAGAGGGUUACUACACGCUCAAAGUGAUGUACUGUAAACAUCAGGACACAGGGCUGUACGUGUGUGCUGCGUCCAAUGCUCUGGGACACACCCUCAGCUCUGUUUACCUGACUGUCAAAGCUCCAGCGGUGCGGUUCAGGCGGUCUCUGCAAGACGUGGAGGUGAGAGAGAGAGGCAUGGCCGUGUUGGAGUGUGAGGUACCUAAUGAGGGCAUCCCCACUGCCUGGUACCUGGAGGACCAGAGACUGCAGGCAGGGGGUAAAUACGGCAUAGAGCAGAACGGAGCCCGGCGCAGGCUCACUAUCCGAGAUGUAGGAGCGGACGACGAUGGGGUCUAUCUCUGUGAGAUGCCUGAUGGAGGGAAGAGUAUCGCUGAGCUGGCCGUCAAAGGCACAAUUGUUAAAAAACUUCCUCGAAAACUAGACGUGUUGGAGGGGGAGAACGCAGUGUUCUGUGUGGAGGUAGAGGAGGAGAACAUGGAUGUCCACUGGUUCAAAGAUGGCCUGAAGCUACGCGAGAGCCACCAGACUAUCCUCAAGUCCUUUGGUAAAACCCACAUGCUGGUGUUCGUCAACGUCUGCCACGGGGACACUGGGGUCGUGACCUUCGUUGUGGGAAGAUCCAAGACCUCGUCCCGGCUCAGAGUCAAAGCUGCCAGACACAGCCCUCCCAUCUGUCCAGUGGGGGUGGAGAUGGAUGUGGACAGGCCCAACAGCGUGCUCCUCUCCUGGGAGCCGGCCCCCACCAGCCAAACCACCACGCGCUCUGUCUAUGUCCUGGAGAGACAGGGAGUGGGAUCACAGGAGUGGCUGAGGUGUGCGACCUCCGACACGGCGACCUCCGCAGAGGUCAUGGGCGACAGCGUGCCGUGCGAGGGCGAUUACCGCUUCCGUGUCUGCUGCAUCAAUAAGUAUGGCCGUAGUGGACACGUGGAGUUCCCUAAAGUCGUCCAUCUUGUGCCAGGUCCCAAGAUCAGGACCCCUCUCCAGGGCUGUGAGGUGACGGAGGGGGAGGACACCCUGUUCUCCAUCGAUCUGUCAGUGAUGGUGACGGGCACCUGGUUCCUGAACAGCACCCAGCUACAGGAUAGCCAACACUACUCUAUCCAACAGGCCAAGACACAGCACUCCCUGGUAAUCCACAGCACCAAGGUGGAAGACCACGAGGCAGAGGUCACCUUCAUCGCCAACGGAGUCAGAGACUCAGCGGUUCUCAAGGUUCAAGCUGCGGUGGUGAAGUUCAGCCCAAUGUCAGAGUCAGACAGUAACAAGAGGGUGGAGACUGGUGACCCUGUGGUUCUGUACUGUGAGGUGUCCCACCCCUCAGCCAGCGUGGGCUGGUUCAAGGAUGGGGUGGAGCUACAGGUGACAGAUGGCCUCAACAUCCAAUCAGAAGGCAACAUGAGGAGGAUCAUCAUCCAAAUGGCUGAGUUCACCGACUCUGGCGUGUACACAUGCGAGACGAUGGGUGAUGUCAUCAAAUUCAACGUGGAGGUUGAAGGUCCCCCUGUGCAGUUCAGUGAGGUCCCUGAGGAGGAACUCCAGAAGUCUGCCAUGGAGCUGGAUCCUGUGGUGCUCACCUGUGAGGUUUCCAGAGAGGAUGCCAACGCUACCUGGUACAAGAAUGGGGUUGAGGUCCAGGCCAGUGAUAACAUGACCAUACAAACAGAGGGCACCAUGAGGAGACUGAUCAUCCGUUGUGCUGAGACCUCAGACGCAGGAACCUACAGCUGUCAGUCAGGAGACAACAGCCUCUCAUUCACUGUCAACAUCAAAGAGCCUCCAAUGAUGAUCGUGGAGCCCAAGGAGGACGUGGUUAUGGAGGGUCAUAUCUCUGAGCAGGUGGUCCUGCAGUGUGAGCUGUCCCGCUCCAGCGGUGAGGUCCACUGGUUUAAGGACGGCCUUCAGGUCCUGGAGACGGAGAACGUCCAGCUGACGUCCGAGGGACCGUACAGGAGGCUGACCAUCCUCUGCGGCUCGGCAGAAGAUUCCGGAGAGUACGUCUGCGACACGGAUGGAGACUCUGUGUUCUUCCAGGUCACCAUCACAGAGCUUCCGGUGCGAAUCAUCUCCCCCACUGAGUCUGAGCUGGAGCUGACCAGCCUGACCUCUGAGAGGCUGGAGCUCAGCUGCGAGAUCUCCCAGCCUGAUGCCCAGGUACGCUGGUACCGAGAUGGGCUGGAGGUGGAGGAGAGUGCCUCUCUCAUCCUGGAGGUCCAGGGAGCACACAGGACACUGGUCAUCCCCACGACCACUGUGGAGGACACAGGAGAGUAUGUGUGUGACACAGAGGAUGACUCGGUCACAUGGCUGGUCACUAUUACAGAGCCUCCUGUGAAGCUGGCCCGCUCUGAAACAAUGUCUGACGUAAUGGACUGUUUCUCUGGAGAACCCAUCGUCCUGGAGAUCGAGGUGUCACGGUUCAACGCUAAGGUGAUCUGGAUGAAGGAUGGAGGAGAGGUGGAGGAGAGCAGUGAUGUCACCAUCACUGAGGAUGGGCUCAUCCGCCGCCUCACCAUCCGCACGCCAGCCCCGGGGGACUCUGGGAAAUACACCUGUCUUGCCUCAGAUGACCUCAUCGACUUCCAGGUCAAGGUGUCAGAGCCCCCCGUGAAGAUUGUGAAUAGGUCAGAAGUCAAGACAGAGGUCAAGUCCCUGCCCUCUGAUGACAUCGAGUUGGAGUGUGAACUCUCCAGGGCCAAUGCCGUCGCUAAGUGGUACAAAGAUGGCCGCCGGUUAAACGAAGACGAGAGGUUCUAUGAGGAGGAAGAAGGGGCGUUCCGCUCCCUGGUGAUCCUUAACGCUGAGCUGGAAGAUUGCGGAGACUACUUCCUUGAUGCCGGAGAUGACAACAUCACCUUCCAUGUCACUGUGCAAGAGCCUCCAGUGACCAUCCUGGGGAACUCUGAGGAUGCAGACUACCAGGAGAUGGUUGCCGGGGACGACCUGAUUCUGGCCUGUGAGGUGUCCCGGGCCAAUGCCCCUGUCCAGUGGUACUGUAACGACAGACAGCUGACUAGCGAUGACCGGACCUACAUGGAGAGCUACGGCACGCUGAGGAAACUCAUCCUCUCUGACAUCCUGCCCUCCGACUCUGGGAAGUACAUGUGUGAUGCUAUCGAUGACAAGAUGGUCACCAUGGUGAAGAUCCAAGUGCCCCGCGUGGUAGAGUUCUUGACAGAGCUCCACAACAUCAUGGUGUUAGAGGGAGAGGACGCCACCUUCAAGUGCGUGGUGUCGCCAGAGGACGUGCAGCUGGUGUGGGGGAUGGACGGCGAGCUCGUCGUCAUGGGUGACCGUUUCCAGGCAACGCAGAACGGCCUGUGUCACACCCUGGUGAUCAAGAGCUGUCAGAUCCUGGACUCCUCUAAGAUCACAGUGGAGGCUGAGGGGAACGUGUCUAAGGCCACCCUCAAAGUACAGGAAGCUCAGGUGACCUUCACUAAGAAGAUGGAGGCGGUGAUGGCCGAGGAGUACGGAGACGCUACCAUGGAAACAGAGGUCAGUCUGGACACGGGCGAGGUCCAGUGGAUGAGGCAGGGUGUGGUCAUCCAGCCAGGACCCCGACACACCCUGGUUCAGAGCGGACGCAAACGCAGCCUGACCAUCUGCAACCUCAACCUCUCUGACCGCGGAACCUACCGCUGUGAAACCCUGCACGACCGCACGCAGGUCAAACUCAACGUGGAGCCCCGUAAGAUCGCCAUCCGUAAGGGUCUGGUGGAGACGGACACAUUUGAGCGGGAGACGGCCUCCUUCGAGGUGGAGCUGUCUCACACUGGCGUGGAGGGCUUCUGGCAGAAGGACGGUAUCCGGGUCAAACCCAGCAACCACUGGCGGGUGAGCUGCAACGGGCUGGUCCACGGACUCACCCUGUCCAACCUUACCCUGGAUGACACGGGCACCAUCGUCUUCUCUGCGGAGGGAGUCCGGACCUCUGCCAGGCUCACUGUCAAGGAGACUCCAGUGACUCUCAUGAAGAAGCUGGUAGACAUGAGACUGGAGCAGGGCUCUCCUGCCACAUUGGAGUGUGAGCUGUCCAGGCAGAACGUGGAGGUCAGGUGGCUGAAGAAUGGGACAGAGCUGAAGCCAGGGAAGACCCAGUACCGUAUUUACUCCAUGGGGAGGAAGAGGUUCUGUCAGCUGCUGCAGUGUAGCCUCUCUGAUGCAGGCACCUACACCUGUGACGUAGGAGAUGUCAAUACGUCCUGUAACCUGGAGGUCUAUGAGCCUGAAGUGGAGGUGCUACACGGGCUGGAGGACCUGUAUGUCCAGGAGGACCAGAAUGCUGUGUUCAUGUGUGAGGUGUCCAUGGAGGACGUGACCGGGGAGUGGUACAAGGAUGGACACAAGAUACGACCCACUAGCACCAUCAAGAUACGCACAGAGGGGACCAAACACUUCCUUCUCAUGUGCAACGUUAAAGCUGAGGAUUCUGGGGAGAUCCGCUUUGUGACCAAACAGACAGAAUCAACAGCCUACCUAGAGGUGGAAGAGGCCCCCGUGUCUAUCGUGAAGCCUCUGAGAGACCGCACGGCUCUGGAGAAGCACCGCGUGAUUCUGGACUGCACCGUAUCCACGCCGCGCUGUGAACUCACAUGGUACAGAGGCAAGGCAGAGCUGGAGUCUUCUGAUAGGCUAGAGAUCCACAGUGACGGCUGCUACCAUAAACUGACCAUUCACGAGGCGACUGUAGAGGACGAGGGUACCUAUAGUAUAGAGGUUGGGGAGCACAGCUCCACAGCCCAACUCCUGGUGGAAGCCCAGUCCCUGGUGAUAGAGACAGAGCUGCAGGAUGUGGUGGUGACGGCUCCUGACCAGGCCUGUUUCCAGUGUGAGGUGUCCGUGGCCAUCAGCAGGCCCCCAGUCUGGACUCUGAACGGAGAGACCAUCCAGUCCAGCCCUGAUGUCCGCUUAGAGAACCACGGAACCGUCCACAAACUCAACCUGAAACAGACCAGACCAGACAUGAGUGGGACGGUUACCUUCGCCAUGGGAAAGGCCAAGAGCAGCGCCAAACUGAACGUGAUGUGGAAGUAGAGGCAAGGGGGAGAGAAUGGGAAAUGUUGAUUCUGUUGUGAUCAGGAAUUGAAUGUCUGAGACUGUUUUAGGGUUUGAAGGUACUAUAUAAGAAUGCGGUCUAUCUGAUCUAGUAAAGCUGCAUGUAAUGAGCGAGACAGAAAAGUAGAAUGUGAUGAUGAAAUGUGGUACUUAAGCCCCAAACAACUGUAUCAGGAUCAGUUUAGUUUUACUCAAUGGUUGGGGUUAUGAGCAAAGCUGAUCGUCAGUCAGUUGUAAAGGCCAGAAAGUAACCUUGGAGAGAAAUGUUAAGAAGGAUGGAUUCCAGUCAAGUCAAAAGGUCAAAUCAGUAUGCAAAACUAGGGUGUCUGGAGGGGUUAUAAUGGUUUAUAAUGGUGGGUAUGAAUGCCUGUGUGUAUGGAUAUAAAUCAAUUGUACACAUCUGUUACACAUAUUUAUUUUGAAAAUAUAUUGAUUGGAAAUUAACAUUUUAAUUCUAUAAUUAGGUCCAAAAAAAAAUUCUAAAUAUGUUAUAUUUUCCCCACUGUCAUUAAAUACUGACAUCCAUA